CAUUAUUUCCCCAACCGGUUUCUCUGAAACUAGAAACUCGACAGAGAAUCCAGAUGUUUUCCUAAUAUACCGAUUUUCUCGGGAAAACAGAGGAGAUCUGUGAAGUCAAUUCAGGUUAUUCUACUGAAGAAGCUCAAAGAAGAAGAGAGAGAGACAGAAACGUCUGUACUUUGAUCUUUGUAGUGCACGUGGGGAAGUGGGGUUUGGAGAAAUGUUGAUGAUGAUCUCCAUGUCCAAGUCCCAGAGUUAAUGUAACAUUCUUCUUUUGUCUCCAAUGUCUUUGUCUUGUUUCUCAUACUGCUAAUCUCUCGUAGAGAUCUUUAGAUCCGUUGUUGCCUUUGUCGGUUUAACAAAAACUGAGAGAAAAAUGAUGAAGGUGAUGAGGAACAAACCGACAAAUCUUCCGGCGACGAAUGGCGGCAGGGAGUCAGGCGGUCAUGAUUGGGAAAUGAGACCCGGUGGAAUGUUGGUUCAGAAGCGUAACCCGGAUUCGGAUCCUGUCGGAGCUCCACCGCCACCGAUGAUCAGAGUCAAAAUCAAGUACGGUUCGGUCUACCAUGAGAUGAGUAUUAGUCCUCAAGCUUCAUUUGGGGAACUAAAGAAAAUGUUAAGUGGACCAACGGGUAUUCACCAUCAAGACCAGAAACUAAUGUACAAAGAGAAAGAGAGAGAUUCAAAGGCCUUUCUUGACGUUUCCGGAGUGAAAGAUAAAUCCAAGAUGGUGCUUAUAGAAGACCCCAUUGGCCAAGAGAAACGAUUUUUGGAGAUGAAGAAGAUCGGCAAAACCGAAAAGGCGUCUAAAGCGGUCUCCGAUAUUAGCCUUGAAGUUGAUAGACUCGGAGGACGUGUUUCGGCGUUUGAGAUGGUUAUAAAGAAAGGAGGGAAAGUCGCUGAGAAAGAUCUUGUUACGGUGAUCGAAUUGUUGAUGAAUGAGUUGGUAAAGUUGGAUGGGAUUGUAGCUGAAGGAGAUGUGAAGUUGCAAAGAAAGAUGCAGGCGACGAGAGUGCAGAAUUAUGUCGAAGCACUCGAUGCUUUGAAAGUGAAGAACUCAAUGGCUGAUGGGCAGCAGAAACAGCCAAAAGGUCGGAGACUUGCAACGAUUCAAGAAGAUAGCAAUGGACAGAGGCAAGAGCAGAAACCGAUACAAUCACUUAUGGACAUGCCUAUAAACUACAAACACAAGAAGCAAGAGAUUGUGGAGGAGCCUAGAAAUUCAGGACCAGGACCAAAUCUGAUGGAUUCUUCUACUAAAUGGGAAACAUUUGAUCAUCAUGCUGCGACUUCAUUGAGCUCGAUCACUGCAAAUAAUCACGCCAUCCCGCCAAGGUUCAAUUGGGAAUUCUUUGAUUGAGAAAUCUCAUAUAGUGAGAGCGUUUUUUUUUGCUUGUGUGGACGUUUCUUCUUCAUCUUCUUCCUUAUCAUGAUUCUUUUGAUGUACUUAGAUUUUUGUGGGCGUUGUUGUUGUUGGUUCUGGGAAAUAAACAGAGACACUACUAUAGAGAAGUGAUUAUGAAAAAUCCUGAUUCAUCUGUG